CGUAAACUGCUUCAGUGUCGUGAAAGUUUGUUGAUCUAUCUGCCCCUGUCUGUAGAGCUUUUGUAGUGUCGUCGGUGUUAGGGAGUGUUGCUUUCGGAAAGCCAGAUCUAAAUUAGCUGUACGUGGUUAUCAGUUACAUGCUACCAGACCGCGCUGAGCGUCUGUUCCGCAGCACAAAGCCCGGUGACAAUGUCGUGAUGGACGCAGACGGACAGCCGCGGCUCGUUAGCCUCAGUGACAGUGAAGCAGCCGAAUCGGUGACAGAUGUCAUCUCUGGCAGGACAAAGACCAAAUCUGAAACCAACCGACCCUUUGUCCGCUUCACCUUACUUAAAAUGCGCUAGUUUAUGUAUUGAAUGCCUUUUAAUCUGUAUGUAGCUAUCGUCUUAGUGUUAAAGUAGUCCGUUUGCGAGCAAACAACUAACGGUAGCCUGUCGGUGGCCGUGAGAUGUGCAGCUGUCUGGCAGUUUGCAGAACAAACCUUGUUUAGCUAGUAGCUUGUACCAAGUGAAGGCUGGAAGUCGAGGCUGGCUGCAUCCUGUUUAUCUGCUAGUAUGGAGUCUGACGACGAUGUGCCUCUCAUCUUAACCUGGGACGAAGCGAACAGCGGUCUGCUGAACGAGGAGGCUGAAAGAGGAGACGAGAAUGGAGGCAAUUAUGACAUCGUGAAUAAUGCUGUGAUCUCAACGCCCGGGCCACAAAACCACAGAGCCCAAAAUGUGUCAUUGCGACAAAGCUGGGAGAUGAACUACCAGGAGGCAGCCAUCUACCUGCAGGAAGGAGAGAACAAUGAUAAGUUCUUCACUCACCCUCGAAACCCAAAAGCACUGGCAGCGUACCUGUUUGCCCACAACCACCUUUUCUACAUGAUGGAGCUGCUCACAGGUCUGCUGCUCAUGAUGCUGUCACUGUGUGAAGCUCCUGCUGUACCUUCGCUGCGUCUGGAUGUCUAUGUCCAUGCCACGCUAGAGCUGCUGGCUUUGGUCAUGGUGGCGUUUGAACUCUGCAUGAAGCUCCGCUGGUUAGGCUUCCACACCUUCAUACGGCACAAGAGGACUAUGGUCAAGACGUGUGUGUUGUUGCUACAGUUUGUGGAGGCCAUAGUGGUCCUGAUCAGACAAACGUCUCACGUGCGAGUGACCAGAGCGCUCAGACCCAUAUUUCUGGUAGACUGUAGAUACUGUGGUGCCGUGCGCAGAAACUUACGUCAGAUCUUCCAGUCCCUUCCUCCUUUUAUUGACAUCCUCCUGCUGCUGCUUUUCUUCAUGGUUAUAUUUGCUAUCUUAGGUUUCUGCCUCUUCUCUACAAACGAUGCUGACCCGUACUUCAACACUCUGGAGAACAGCCUUGUCAGCCUGUUUGUGCUGCUGACCACAGCAAAUUUCCCUGAUGUGAUGAUGCCGGCGUACUCCAGGAACCGCUGGUCCUGUGUUUUCUUCAUUGUUUACCUCUCCAUCGAGCUCUACUUCAUCAUGAACCUGCUCCUGGCAGUAGUGUUUGAUACAUUUAAUGAUGUUGAGAAGAUGAAGUUUAAAUCUCUUUUGCUUCACAAACGCUCCGCUAUUGACCAUGCAUUCCAGCUGCUGGUUAGCCGACAGAGACCGAUGGGUGUGUCGCUGAAACAAUUCGAUGGUCUGAUGCGUUUUUACAGACCACGGAUGUCAGCAAGAGACCGUUUCCUCACAUAUAAAGCUCUUAACACGUCAGGGGCUCCUAUGCUCAGUCUGCAAGACUUUUAUAAGUUCUAUGAGGUCACCGGCCUUAAAUGGAAGGCCCGUCGCAGUGGUGAACAUUGGUUUGAUGAUCUUCCACACACAACCUUCCUCAUUUUCAAAGGCAUCAACCUGCUUGUCAAGUCUAAGGCCUUCCAAUAUGCCAUGUAUGUGGUGGUGGCCAUCAAUGGUGUGUGGAUCCUCGUGGAGACGUACAGGCUCAACAAUGGAUUUUUCAGGUCCACAUUUGUUCCCUGGAGUUACAUUGUUUUCCUGACCAUUUAUGGUGUAGAGGUGUUAUUGAAAAUAUCGGGUUUGGGGCCAAUGGCUUAUUUCAGCUCAGGGUGGAAUCUGUUUGACUUCUCUGUGACGGUGUUUGCCUUCCUGGGCCUCAUCGCUAUUGCCUUCAAUAUGGAGCCCUUCUACUUCAUCGUAGUUCUCAGAACACUUCAGCUGCUCCGGUUAUUUAAGAUCAAGCUGAGGUACCGUAAUGUGUUGGACACCAUGUUUGAGCUCUUCCCCAGGAUGGCAAGUCUGGGCUUGACCUUAAUCAUCUUCUACUAUUCUUUUGCUAUUGUUGGAAUGGAGUUCUUUGCAGAUGUGGUUUACCCCAACUGCUGCAACACCAGCACAGUGGCAGAUUCCUACAAACAGAUCAAUGUCACAAUUGGCAACAACACAGUGUUGGAAGAAGGCUACUAUUAUCUUAAUAACUUCAACAACAUUCUCAGCAGCUUCGUGACUCUGUUUGAAUUGACUGUGGUCAACAACUGGUACAUCACCAUGGAAGGAGUCACUUCUAUGACAAGCCACUGGAGCCGCCUGUACUUCAUGACUUUUUAUAUAGUUACCAUGGUGGUGAUGACCAUCAUUGUGGCGUUCAUUCUGGAUGCGUUUGUGUUCCGCAUGAACUACAGCCGCAAGAACCGAGAACCACUGGAUAAUCCAGAGGAUGAGAAUGGGAUCGUGUUUGAAGUAGAAGUGAGUCGUGAUGAAGCUCUGGCCACACUUGAGCUGUACAAACAGACGUGCCCAGGACUGUCUUCCCUCAGCUCUCUACAGGGAGUCCUACAAGCUAUGGACAGGAGUGGGCACUCAUCUCUGGUGUAUCAAGGUCGCAGAUCUAGGACCAAGAGUGACCUCAGUAUGAAAAUGUACGAAGAGGAGAUACAGGAGUGGUAUGCAGAGUAUUCAAGGGAAAACCUGCCUCAACCAGACCAAAGCUUGGAACGGGAGCUGGACAGUCCCAGCUCUGAACCUUCUCCCUUCCCACAGCCUCAGCUCAACUCACAGACUGGACCUCACGGCAUCAACUAAUGCCGUUUUUAAGCGGUACAUGUGCGGCAUCAUCUCAGUCUUUUUUUAAUGCAAAGAACCCCCAUCACUCUUGGCCUUUUUCCAGUCCACUCACCAUUUGCCACACCGGGAAACUGGUCUGGGCCCCUUUGAACUGAAGUGAGAAUGAGACGAGUUAACGGUGAAGGCAUCUUUUACAGACAGAAAGACAGACAGCAGUAGAGGUCUGCUGCCUAGACGGGAGCGUUGAACGUUGCCCCUUUUUUGGCCUUUUUUAAGACUGCAGCAAAAUCUACAAGGAAGCCUGUACUACCACAAUAUGUUGUGUACGUAUACUACUGUAGGCCUUUUGUGCCCUAUUGUAAAUCAUGUAGUACUUAAACCUGAUGCCUUAGUAUAAUGGCUCAUCUGAUCAGUAUUAACACGGAUACUACUUCUACUACACUCCUUUAAGCUCAACCCAACAAAUUACUAUGUACAGUUUCUCCUAACUAAAGUCUCAGCAGACUUAAAAAUAUUUUACUUUUAUAUAACUUCUCAUUCUGUAAUGUAUUUGAGUUAAUAAGGGAUUUUAAUAAACUGUUCAAAUUGUCAA